GGUUCUUCCUCUGGAAUCCAGUGGAAAAAGGCUGCCUUUGGCGUUCUAAACCUCAGUUUUUAUCUAGGUAGGAAAGGCUUGGCUCUGGCUGGAGCAUCUCCCAAUGGGAUGAUGUAAUCUUAUCAGUUAUAGAGUAGGACUCGGUGGCCCAUCAACAGAAGAUGCUUUCCACAGAGAUAAGGAUGAUCACCCUUCUCAGAUGGUAAUAGAAUAUAUAUCUUGUAAACCAGGCCACAAUAGUACAAGCUCCAAAAUGGUGACAAUUGUUGAAACUUAGCCCAGACAUGAGACUUUAUAACAUAAGAGUUUGGUCUGUACAUUAAUCAACAUAUUUGGAUAUGAAAUACUGGAAGUAACUUUCUGGUAAAUUAUGAGUUAUUUCAGAGUCCUUUGAAGUAGGCCAGCACAUGCCACUGGUGAGAGAAUGGUACCAGCCUAUGCACACUGUGAAUCUACAGAGUAUGAGGCUCAGUAUUUCUCUCUUUUUUUUUUUUUUUUUUUAAGUGCCACUCUGACUUCUCUCAUGUCUGUAUAGUGUGUGAAACAAGAUGAUGCUGUAGUUUUAUUUUCCCCCUAUGUUUUAACCCCAUGUCAUUAUAUGUAGUACAUAAAUUAAGUAUAGCUUACGUGUAGUGCAUAUGUAUUAUCUACACAAUCCCUGGUAGAGCUGUUUGUUUUCCUUGUACAGGUGUGUAAUCUGAGACAGCUCCUGUUGUUAUGGCCGUGUACAUAGAUCAUCGAACAGAUGCUCCUGAUUCUGUUGCCUCCCUUUCCCAUAUAACGUGGCACCCACUUCAUCCACUCCUGGCAGUUGCUUCCAUCAGCACAGCAGCUGGGGGCUGUGUGGAUAUCUACCUGGAACAGGGAGAACAUGUGCCUGAUUCCCAUGUUGAGAGAAGCUUUCAGGUCACAUUACUUACCUGGCACCCUUCCAGACCCAUUCUGGCAUCAGGAUGGGAGACAGGAGAAAUACUGAUACUGAACAAACAAGACAAGGAACAGCACACUGUACCCCCAAAUCACAGCACCAAAAUCACAGUCCUGAGCUGGAGUACAAGUGGUACCUGCCUUGUGUCUGGGGAUGGGCAUGGUGUCUUGUUUCUGUGGAAAAUGGACCAUCGGGGCAGAGUCCAGGGUCCUGCCCUGGUUAAGCAUGACUAUGGGAAAUGCUUGUGUCACUGUGUCUUUCGGCCACCCCCUUCUGGCGAGGACUUUGUACAGCUGGCAAAAGCAGCUGUGAGUGGUUAUGAGAAAACCUUGGAUAUGUUUAACUGGAAGAAAGCUGGAACAGGACCACCUCUGAAAAUGGCAGUCCAGGAAGGACUCUCCUUCUUUAUCACUCUGACAGAUGGUUCUGUGCACUAUGUAAAUGAGAAAGGGAAGACAAGGCAGGUAUUGUCCACAGACAGUCUGGUUCAAAAGCUCCUGUUGCUAGAGGAAAGAGAUGUUUUACUUAUAAUAACAGAGAAUCUGCAAUUGUCCUUACAUGCAGUUUCUCCUGAGGGAGAGGCAGAAGAGCUCAUGAAGGUGAAGUUGAGUGGGAAGACUGGUCAUUCUGCGGACAUUAUUUUAAUAGACCGUAGCCUGGUUAUUACAGCACUAGGUGAGACAGUCAUCAGGUUCUGGGAUUUGGAUCGAGAUGAGAACUAUGUGCUCUCCCUAGAUGUGCAAUUUGGCUUUGAGGGGGGAGAAUGUAUUAACUGUGUGUCUUACUGUAGUGCUAAAGGUAUCUUGGCAGCUGGAACUAGCAAGGGGAGAGUAGCAAUGUGGAAGAAAGCAGCAGGAUCUGAUCAGAGCACGUGGGCUUCAGAGGGCAAGGAGAAGUGGAAGUUCCAGACAUCUACAGAGCUUGAAGGAAAUGUCACUCAGAUAAAGUGGGGGUCCCGAAAAAACCUGCUGGCGGUGAACAACAUCAGCUCUGUUGUGAUCCUCAGUGAGCAGGCCAUGUUGGCACAUUUUCAUCAGCAGGUGGCCGUGGUACAGGUGUCUCCCAACCUCUUCAAUGUGACGAUCUUCAGCACAGGAGCCACUCACAGCCUUCGUAUUGAUAUGAAUGCUAACGGGGUCUUUGCUACUAAGGAUGUUGUAGUAUUCUGGAAUGGGAAGCAAGUGGCUGUCUUUGAGUGCUCAGGAGAUACCUUCAGAAGUGCAGGCUCUUUCCUUUGUGACUCUCCAGUUCUGUCUGUUCAUGGAGAAAAUCUGUACACAGUGGAGCCUAAUCGGAUCCAGGUCCGCACCUUGCAGGGCACAGUUAAACAGCUGCUGGUGUUCUCGGAAGCAGAAGGGAAUCCGUGCCUCCUGGAUGUCUGUGGGAAUUUCCUGGCUGUGGGAACUGAUCUGGCUCACUUGAAAAUCUUUGAUCUCUCACGCAGAGAAGCAAAAGUGCACUGCAACAGCAAGAGUUUAUCUAAGCUGCUCCCUGGCCGUGGAGACAUUGUGUCUAUGAAGUGCAAUGCUAAUGGCAGCAAAGUCAGCAUCCUUGUCAGCAGGGCAGAUGGGAACAUUGAUUCCAAGAUCUGUUUCUAUGAUGUUGAAACGGACCAAGUUACACUUUUUGAUUUCAAGGCUGGACAGGGAGAUGGUAGAGAGAGCCUUUCUGCUGGACAAGGCAUUGGCAAGUUUGUAGUGGAGUAUCCAGAGUUGCACAGUCACAUCCCUGCUUGCCAUUUCUGGGACCAGAGUGAGCCAAGACUUUUUGUAUGUGAAGCAAUUCCUGAAUCAGGCCUGCAGCCUCCAGACCAAAAGAAAAACCAGACUGAGGGCACAAUGGAUGUUUGGAUUAUAUCAUUCUUCAGCACUGAAGAGCAUGGCCUUUUGCUGCAGGACAGCUUUCCAUUGCCUUCAUCCUACCAGGUUCUUCUGGGCAUAGAGGUUCCACAUUAUUACUUUGCAAAAAAGCUGGGAGAAGCUGAGAAGGGAGCAUCAGAGUCUGGUUCAGGAACAGUCUCUCAGAUGGUUGCAAGAAGACCCAUGAGAGAUUUCAUUGGACUGGGAGACUGUGAUAAGACCACCCAGGAUGCCAUGCUGAACUUCAGCUACUAUCUGACUGCUGGAGACAUGGAUGAGGCCUUCAAAGCCAUCAAGUUGAUAAAAAGUGAGGCUGUGUGGGAGAACAUGGCUCGCAUGUGCGUGAAGACUCAGAGGCUCGAUGUUGCCAAAAUUUGCCUUGGGCACAUGGGUCAUGCAAGAGGAGCCAAGGCACUGCGGGAAGCUGAGCAAGAGCCAGAGCAGAAGGCCAGGGUGGCUGUGCUGGCCAUCCAGCUGGGCAUGCUGGAGGAUGCAGAGAGGCUGUACAAGGCUUGCAAACGCUAUGACCUCUUGAACAAGUUCUACCAGGCCUCCAACCAGUGGCAGAAAGCCAUGGAAACGGCUGAGGCUCAUGACCGGGUUCAUCUGCGCACCACCCACUACAACUACGCAAAGCACCUGGAGGCAACCGGGCAGCAGAGCCUGGCACUUACCCACUAUGAAAAGUCAGACACACACAGGUUCGAGGUACCUCGAAUGCUCUCUGAAGACUUACAAACCCUGGAGGACUACAUCAACAAGAUGAAAGACAAGAGCCUGUGGAAGUGGUGGGCACAGUAUUUGGAGAGCCAGUCAGACAUGGAAUCUGCAUUAAAAUACUAUGCACUGGCUCAGGAUUAUUUUUCCCUAGUCCGUGUCCACUGCUUUCAAGGCAACAUUCAGAAGGCUGCUGAAAUAGCAAACGAAACAGGGAAUGGGGCAGCCUCCUAUCACCUGGCACGGCAGUACGAGAGUGAGGACAACAUCAAGCAGGCCGUGCACUUCUACAGCCGGGCCCAGGCAUUCAACAAUGCCAUCCGCUUGUGCAAGGCGAAUAAUUUAGAUGAUCAGCUGAUGAACCUGGCUCUCCUGAGCUCACCAGAAGACAUGAUAGAGGCAGCCUGCUAUUAUGAGGAAAAGGGGGAUCAAAUGGACAGAGCUGUUAUGUUAUACCACAAGGCAGGACACUUCUCCAAAGCCCUGGAGCUGGCCUUUGCCACGCAGCAGUUUGGGGCCCUGCAGCUCAUUGCUGAGGACCUGGAUGAGAAGUCUGACCCAGCCCUGCUCGCCCGUUGCUCCAGGUUCUUCAUUGAACAUGCACAUUAUGAGAAGGCAAUGGAGCUGCUGCUCACGGCCAAGAAGUACCAUGAAGCUCUGCAGCUUUGCCUGGAGCAGAACCUGACCAUCACAGAGGAGCUGGCCGAGAGGAUGACAGUCUCCAAGGAGUCCCAGGAUCUCUCUGAGGAGUCCCGGAGGGAGCUACUGGAGCAAAUUGGCAACUGCUGCAUGAGACAAGGCAACUACCACAUGGCCACCAAGAAAUACACGCAAGCAGGAAACAAGUUAAAGGCUAUGAGGGCAUUGCUGAAAUCUGGAGAUACUGAGAAAAUUAUCUUCUUUGCGGGAGUUUCCAGACAGAGAGAAAUUUAUAUAAUGGCAGCCAACUACCUGCAGUCACUGGAUUGGCAUAAGGACGCAAAGAUUAUUGCGAGUAUCAUCAGCUUCUACACCAAAGGAGGGGCCCUUGACCUCCUGGCAGGUUUCUAUGAUGCAUGUGCUCAGGUAGAAAUCGAUGAGUAUCAGAACUAUGAAAAAGCCCACAGAGCACUGACAGAAGCAUACAAGUGCCUUUCCAAAGCAAAGGCCAGAAGCCCUGUGGAAAAGGAAAGCAAACUUGGCCACCUGCAGAGCAGGAUGAAUCUUAUGAAGAAGUUCAUCCAUGCUCAGAGAGUUUACCCUGAAGACACUGGAGAAGCAGUCAGGCAGUGUGAACUGCUCCUGGCUGAACAGGACUUUGACAAUGCCAUCCGGCAUGGUGAUGUACUGGGAUUUUUGGUUCAGCAUUAUACACAAGUGGAGGAAUUCCAUACAGCUUAUCACUACCUGGAAGAGAUGCAGAAAAGAAUUCCAGCCUCGAAACUGAGCUACUAUGUGUCCCCACAGACCAUGGAGGCCGUGCACCGAGGAGCUGGUGUUCCCAUGAGCCAAGCCCUGGCCCCAGCAUACACUGGCCACAGCAGCACAGACAAUAGGGACGAGGAAGAAGUGGCUGAUGAAGUAGAGGACCCCUGACAAUGAGUACUUACCAAAUGCAAAGCUGA